AAUAUAAUAAUAAAAAUAUAUCUGUGCCGACUGUACAAUAUUUCGUUCAAAUUGAGACCGUACCAGUCGCAUAGCUAUUGUUGUUAUUUAUUUGUUUUAUUUAUCGAGAAAUCGUAGUUCGUUGCCGUUGAAUUAACGUUCGGCUCGGCACUGCACUGUUCCAUGACGCGGGCGCGUGCGCUCUACGCCAAUUUUGCUUUUUUCUUAUCUGUUUUCGUUUCGACAAUAUUUCUACAGUACCACUGUACCAGCGAACGGCUAGUGAUUUGUUGUUUACGGUUUUUCUUAUUAUUACAACCGCAAUAGUAAUAAUAGUAAUAAUUUUAUUAUACGUUAUUAUUAUUGCUUAACGUUUGCGACUUCGCGUUGUUUUGAGUUUCGGUGUGAUCUGUCAACAAACGGCCGUACCUUGGUGGAACAGAAAUAAAACGCAAGAAACGACGGACACGCACAAGUUGGUACCGUACAAUUAAUGUUACUACUAUUCAGCGUCCGUACUUAGCAAUGAUUGAGAACGCAGAAUUGGUCAUGCAAAUGCUGGAGAUGUACCAGAUGUACAAACAACAGGUUCCCGUAGAACUAGAAGAGUACUUAAGGUACGUUGCCAAGACUGGUAACACACUAUUCCAGUGGACUUUGGUCAAGCCGUUCAUCCGCGAAAAGAUAAUGAACGUCAUUGCCGAGUUUGCGGAACAGUCUGCGCUGUCUGACAUACCGCCAUACCCAAACGUUGACCCGUUCAACUACGAGGCUAUGAAGACUAUGUUGUUAGAACGUUUUGACACUUUCAAUGGUCCUCCAUUCACCAUACAGAGGCUUUGCGAGCUGUUGUCUUGCCCAAGAAAGGAAUAUAAUCGAGUAGACAAAUUCAUGCGCGCCGUGGAAAAGAACAUAUUGGUCGUCAGUACUUGUGAAUUAAGAUCAAAGCGAGAAGAGCCCAUUGUCAAUGGUGUCCCAGACAGAUGGGAAAAUGGAAAAGAGUCCGAUAUCAGUAUGGACUUGGUUGAUAAAAAUAAUGUUAUUGCAGACGUAAGUGUUAUAAAUGGUAAUGAUACAGUUGAAAGUCUUCUGAAUGAACUAGAAUCUAUGAAAACACCUGAAACCAAAAUGGACGAAUCGAAGACGGAACAUAAAGAUCAUCUUGUCACACAAAUUACUGAUGAAUCUAAUAUUACACCUGAAGAACCAAAACAAGAUACUCCAAUAUUAAUCACUCAAGAUACACCUCAGACACAGAUCACAGACUCUACUGAAGUUGUAGAACCAGUUAAUAUUGAUGUCUCACCAAAUGUUUCUGUUGAAGAUGAAUCUAUAGUUGACCAACCAAAAGAACUAAGCCCAGAAGUCUGUGAAAUUCAACCUGUUGAAGUAAAAGAACAAAUUGUAAACGAUUCUAUUGAUGAGCUUAAGGAUUUAUCCCAUGAUUUAGAGCUAGAAAUGGUCAAACCAAAAAAUGAAGAUCCAAUUGUAGAAAGUAAUAAAUUAGAUCAUUUAGAAUUAAUACCAACAGAUGUUGAUCGAGUAGAAGGUUCAAUUAUUCAUCAAACUCCAGAUUCUGAUAGUAAAGUAGAACUAGAAUUAGAAGAUUCACAACCAGCAGUUGUGUUGAAAAAAUCUGACGAAGAUCCUGAAUGUAUGGAUGUACAGGUCGAAGACGUAUCUAAAAGUUUGGAAUCAGAAGUAAUUUGUGAUAAUGUACAAGAAAAGUGUACAAAACCUACAGAAAUUCAAAAUGAUAAUCAACAAGUUAAAGAAUCUAUUAUUGAUGUACCUACUGUAGAGCCAAUUUCUACAGAUAUGGAGGUAGAAUUAGAGAAGAUAGAAAAUGACAUUACUCUUGAAGUCAUACCACAAGAAAAUGUCAAAGAAAAUGAUGACACCCCAACAACAGAGCCUAAUACAGCUGUUGAAGAACCUCAGAUACUGGAUGAAAAUAAAUUGACUGAAAGUGAAUAGUCUUAGUAAGUAUUAGACCUAAACGAAUAUUAUAUACAUUGACUGGUUAGGUUAAUAAUAAUGAAAUGUUAUCAAUUAGGUAAAAGUUAUGUAAAAUUUAAUGUUUAUAUGUACCUACGUGAUAAAUUCAGAAUAAGUUAUUUCAUUUACUGUACAAAAUUAUUUGCAAAUAUUGCUA